CGGGGCGGGGCGCGGGGCCGGAGGGUGGGGCGCGUGGCGGCGGUGGCAGUCCUAGGUCUGGCUCCGCGCAGUAUAUGACAGUACGUCAGCAGCGGGAUGGCCCUAGCAGUGGCGGCGGCUGCAGAAGCCCAAGCAGCCGCGGCCGCAGUGGAGGCUAGAGCCGGAGCGGCGGCGGCGGCGGCACCCCGGGGAGUUUAAGAUGGCGGCGGGGGGGACAGGGGUCCUGCGGGAGGAGCAGCGCUAUGGGCUGUCGUGCGGACGGCUGGGGCAGGACAACAUCACCGUACUGCAUGUGAAGCUCACCGAGACGGCGAUCCGGGCGCUCGAGACUUACCAGAGCCACAAGAAUUUAAUUCCUUUUCGACCUUCAAUUCAGUUCCAAGGACUCCACGGGCUUGUCAAAAUUCCCAAAAAUGAUCCCAUCAAUGAAGUUCAUAACUUUAACUUUUAUUUGUCAAAUGUGGGCAAAGACAACCCUCAGGGCAGCUUUGACUGCAUCCAGCAAACAUUCUCCAGCUCUGGAGCCUCCCAGCUCAAUUGCCUGGGAUUUAUACAAGAUAAAAUUACAGUGUGUGCAACAAACGACUCGUAUCAGAUGACCCGAGAAAGAAUGACCCAGGCAGAGGAGGAAUCCCGCAACCGAAGCACAAAAGUUAUCAAACCCGGUGGACCAUAUGUAGGGAAAAGAGUGCAAAUUCGGAAAGCACCUCAAGCUGUUUCAGAUACAGUUCCUGAGAGGAAAAGGUCAACCCCCAUGAACCCUGCAAAUACAAUUCGAAAGACACAUAGCAGCAGCACCGUCUCUCAGAGGCCAUACAGGGACAGGGUGAUUCACUUACUGGCCCUGAAGGCCUACAAGAAACCGGAGCUACUUGCUAGACUCCAGAAAGAUGGUGUCAAUCAAAAAGACAAGAACUCCCUGGGAGCAAUUCUGCAACAGGUAGCCAAUCUGAAUUCUAAGGACCUCUCAUAUACCUUAAAGGAUUAUGUUUUUAAAGAGCUUCAAAGAGACUGGCCUGGAUACAGUGAAAUAGACAGACGGUCAUUGGAGUCAGUGCUCUCUAGAAAACUAAAUCCAUCUCAGAAUGCUGCAGGCACCAGCCAUUCAGAAUCUCCUGUAUGUUCUAGUAGAGACGCUGUAUCUUCUCCUCAGAAACGGCUUUUGGAUUCAGAGUUUAUUGAUCCUUUAAUGAAUAAAAAAGCCCGAAUAUCUCACCUGACGAACAGAGUACCACCAACACUAAAUGGUCAUUUGAAUCCCACCAGUGAAAAAUCUGCUGCGGGCCUCCCGCUGCCCCCUGCGGCUGCUGCCAUCCCCACCCCUCCACCGCUGCCUUCAACCUAUCUGCCCAUCUCACAUCCUCCUCAGAUUGUAAAUUCUAACUCCAACUCCCCUAGCACUCCAGAAGGCCGGGGGACUCAAGACCUACCUGUUGACAGUUUUAGUCAAAACGAUAGUAUCUAUGAGGACCAGCAAGACAAAUAUACCUCUAGGACUUCUCUGGAAACCUUACCCCCUGGUUCCAUUCUACUAAAGUGUCCAAAGCCUAUGGAAGAAAACCAUUCAAUGUCUCACAAAAAGUCCAAAAAGAAGUCUAAAAAACAUAAGGAAAAGGACCAAAUAAAAAAGCACGACAUUGAGACUAUUGAGGAAAAGGAGGAAGAUCUUAAGAGAGAAGAGGAAAUUGCCAAGCUAAAUAACUCCAGUCCAAAUUCCAGUGGAGGAGUUAAAGAGGAUUGCACUGCCUCCAUGGAACCUUCAGCAAUUGAACUCCCAGAUUAUUUGAUAAAAUAUAUCGCUAUUGUCUCCUAUGAGCAACGCCAGAAUUAUAAGGAUGACUUCAAUGCAGAGUAUGAUGAGUACAGAGCUUUGCAUGCCAGGAUGGAGACUGUAGCUAGAAGAUUUAUCAAACUAGAUGCACAAAGAAAGCGCCUUUCUCCAGGCUCAAAAGAGUAUCAGAAUGUUCAUGAAGAAGUCUUACAAGAAUAUCAGAAGAUAAAACAGUCUAGUCCCAAUUACCAUGAAGAAAAAUACAGAUGUGAAUAUCUUCAUAACAAGCUGGCUCACAUCAAAAGGCUAAUAGGUGAAUUUGACCAACAGCAAGCAGAGUCAUGGUCCUAGAACUCUGCUUGGACCAGAAGAUGUGAAUAAACUUAAGCUUAUUUAUUUAAAAUUCCAAAUGAGUUGCUCUAGAUUCUAAAAAGGUGAAACUUUGGCUGUUGAAAGUUUCAGUAUUAGUAAACUUGAGUUACUUUUUCUUUUCCAUUUUACUUUGCUUCCCUGCAUUUCGAAGCUGCUCUUUCUGGUCCUCCCCACCACCCCACCCCCAAGACUUGUGUUUGUUAAUAGAAAUAAUUUUUUUAGGUAUUGGGGAUCCAUUGUCUAUAUUUCAAAUCAGUUUUUUUUCCUCAAAAACUUGUGUUUGUUAUUAGAAAUCAUUUUUUAGAUAUUGGGGAUCCAGUGUCCACACUUAAAAGUUGUAUGUGUUUAAAAAACAACAACAACAGUAAUGUGCAAGGUGAAAUGCUUUUGGAUAAACGUAAGCCUAUUUUCUGACCUUUCUUAAUGCAAACUCUUUGCCUUAAAUGGUAGAAUAUUUAGAAAUUUGCACAAAAUUAAAAAAAAAAACAUUGUCUUGGAGGGUUAAAAAAUAGAAAGGUGUAUGUGUAUAGAUUCACAUACACAUAUGUAUAUACAGGCUGACUUGAUCUAGAACAUUAAAUCCGCCCUGCAAGUUAACCCCCCAUUGCAAUGGUUGCCUUAAGGUGUUUGCUAGUUGUGUACAUAGUGUGGUUAAUCAUUAGCUACACUGCUUCCCACUUGAUUAGAGCAAUGGGAAGCAUACUGUGGCCUACCAGCAUCUGGAAGUGUGUGCUCGAUCUGUAUGUGUGCAGAGGUGGUGUGGAUGUGAGCGUGCAUGAAGGAAAAAAAGCUGCUACUCCUAGUAGGCCAAACGCUCAGGUUAAACAACUGACGAGUGUUACUGUAGGGUGUUUUUUUGUUUUUUUGUUGUUUUUUUUUCUAUCAAAUUGCUACUUUUGUUGUGGAAGACAAAAGCAUUUCCAUUUCAACAAGUUUGUCAGCUUUAUUAAUGUUGGGCAAAAAUUGAUAUGUCAUGAAAAUGAAACAGAUCUAUAGUUUUGGGACAAAAUUAUAAAAUUAAAUGUGUAGGUAACCUAUUUAUAUACUGCUAUAAAGUAUUUUUUGAAGAGAGAUAUGCAAAGAAGCUAUUACCUACAUAAGAUGUAUAUUUAAAGAUUUUUUUUUUCAUCCUGGUGCCAGGAAUAUAAAAAAGAGUGGAUAUAUUUAACCAUAACAUACUGUGAUUCAUCAAACAGCACAAACUUUCAUUUCAUGGAGUUUAUCUGUUGACAUUGAUUUAAACUGUCACUUGUUUUAUCAUGUGGGAACAUAAGUUAUGUGGUCAAAAAUAUAAGGAUUUUGAACUAAUGUUGAUUCAAGUUGUAUUGUCUUAUUGUAUUGUCUUUUCAAAGUGCUGCCAGUUGAAAAGGGAAGCAUUAUGUUUACAAAUCUGUUUUGAAAUGUUUGCCAAAAUUUUGGUAGUGUCUUUAAUAAAGAUGUUUGUCUCCAGCAUCCAGAAAAAUAAA